CUUCCUGAGCCAGGAUUCAGACACAGCAAGGACAUCAGGGUUAGCAGAGUGUGCUAAAGCAGUGAGUAAGACAAACUUAGGGAGGAGGCUUCUGAUGUUGGUCAGGGUUGUUCUGGUUUUGGUCACUAGAUGCCCCCAUUGUGCUUUUUGACCCUUUUGUUUUCCCCUUGUUCCUUGAUUGUAUUUAAACCCUUGGUUUUCCUCAGUUCUUUGCUCUGUGUUUGAAUGUUAGCACCCAGCCCCAGUGAUGCUGUGAACGUUUGUUGCUCCAGUUGGAUGCUCUUGUGGUACUCUGUUUUUGGUUAUUUAUUUUUGAUUAGCUUUUGAGGCUUUUUUUCUGCUGUACCUACCACCUUGUGGAUUUACCUUUUUGACUUGGAGGAUUACCUUUGUUCUCUUGGAAUUACUUUUGACGUUGUGGAUUUGUAUUGUUGCCUGAACUUUCCUUUUACUUUAUUAAAACACCAUCAAGUACUGCUGUGUCUGCCUCAUCUUCUGGGUUCUGCCGACUAUUCGUGGCUCAGUUUGCUAAGUGACUCUUUCUCACACUGGAGACCCAGGUUCGUAACCGGGUCCUGACAGCCACGUUUCAUCUUCAAUGCCCUUGCUGAUGGAAGGAGGUUUUCACUCAAAAUCUCACGAUACAUGGCCCCAUUUAUUCUUUCCUUUUGUCGUGGAAAUGUCCUCUAUUUACCAAAUCAUGGGAGCAAACCACACACACACACACGUCAGAGUUAGUUAUAAAAGUCCAUCUUUAAUUUAACGUGUUUCACCCAGACGGAGAUAAUCCAAUAUGCGUUCUAUAGUUACAUCGUUAGGGUAAGAUAACCAAAAGUGGACACACUCUAAUCAGUUUCUAGAGCUCAAUUUCCCAGAUGUUGUAGAUUAUUUUAAUAGUGCUUAAAAAACGUAAUCUUUAUCAAAUUAUCCAUUUAAGAUAUCAACUCAAAACCUACGUACGUCUACGAAUGGGUGGUUUAAAUUGUAUCUAAUCAUUCUCCGCAUUACUUUAUACACACAUACCAUUUAUCAUCAUUUCAAAUCAUUCACAGAAUCCAUAUAAAACUUUAAAAAUCUUAGGUACUCACACGGAACUUUCAGGUUCAGAUUUUCACAUAGAACUUUUCAGACGUCCACACAGGGCAUCGAAAGGUUUUCCCACACAGAGUCAACCCUAUCCCGCUACUCACACAGAGUAGUCCUAUCCCGCUCACACAGAACGGUCCGACAACUAUUACAUACUCACACAGAGUAAUCCUAGCACAUUUAAAAUAAUUGGAAUUCACCACAUCUGAGGGUCACUUAGACAAAUCACACAGACGCACAGAAUGAGGUCCUUCUUCCAAUAGGGCUUCACCAAGUGCCGUGUUUCACCUAGAACACACAGACCCCCUGGCCCAUCACCCCGACAGACCUCACCAAAUCCCCACUGUGAUCAAUUCAGUGUCAGGAGGGCUCUUGGUCACUGGCAACCGGACAGCGCAGAGUAUCUUUUGAGUCCACUAAAACCCCCAGAUUACUCUCCUCUGACUCGGCCCUGCUUACGCCGCCAAGGUGCCUUCCUUACAAAGGAAUUCACGCUCAGAGUAUACGUAACAGGCAUAAUUUAAAAAAACUCGACUUCAAAUCUGUGUGUGGUUCGCUCACCUUUUUCUUUAAAAAAAAACUCAGUUCGAGAUGUGGAAUCCACUCGGCUCGCUUCCUCUUAGAUCAAAGGUUGGUCCAUCUGCUUCGUUCCCGAAGUGUGGUUCUCCCUGAGAUCCCAAGUUUAGGGGAUCCCUCGUGCACGAUUUAUUUACCUAGAUCGUAGGAACGGUCACCGAGUGAAGAUUCACAUCCCCUCCUCGUCGCCAAAUGUCGUGGAAAUUUCCUCUAUUUACCAAAUCAUGGGAGCAAACCACACACACACACGUCAGCGUUAGUUAUAAAAGUCCAUCUUUAAUUAUAUGAGCUCUUAUCACAAUCCUGUGACUCUCAGAUAAAUUCAGUUUCUCUCCAAUGAAUUCUCUGAGAGCCCCCUUACAAUGCAACUGAGUUCCUUUAAUAGCAAAGACACACAUAGUCAGACAGCAUAGACAUAAUUAAUCGUUCAGCUUUGUCUCCUUUCCCAAACCUCAGAACCAUAAACCAAAUCCCCCAUAUCAACAGGCAUAUAUCAAAUUGUCAUUUAGAUACAACCAACUCAAAAUACAACCUCCUGGACAAACUCACGGAGAGGAGGGUGAGGCUAUAGGUUAAGAUAGAAACAACACUGCAACCCUUCUUUCCCCACUAGAAAAGGUAGGGAGUAAAAGUCCGGCACUGCAGGAUUUGAGUCCCUGGCGGCGUAGUGUGUUACUGAUGGUAGGCUUUGUUACUUUGGUCCCAGCACUCUGCAGGUCAUUGACUAGAUUCCCCCCGUGUGUUUCUGGGAUUUUUGCUCACCGUUCUUGUGAUCAUUUUGACCCCAUGGGGUGAGAUCUUGCGUGGAGCCCCAGAUCGAGGGAGAUUAUCAGUGGUCUUGUAUGUCUUCCAUUUCCUAAUAAUUGCUCCCACAGUUGAUUUCUUCAAACCAAGCUGCUUACCUAUUGCAGAUUCAGUCUUCCCAGCCUGGUGCAGGUCUAUAAUUUUGUUUCUGGUGUCUUUUGACAGCUCUUUGGUCUUGGCCAUAGUGGAGUUUGGAGUGUGACUGUUUGAGGUUGUGGACAGGUGUCUUUUAUACUGAUAACAAGUUCAAACAGGUGCCAUUAAUACAGGUAACGAGUGGAGGACAGAGGAGCCUCUUAAAGAAGAAGUUACAGGUCUGUGAGAGCCAGAAAUCUUGCUUGUUUGUAGGUGACAAAAUACUUAUUUUCCUCCAUAAUUUGCAAAUAAAUUCAUAAAAAAAUCCUACAAUGUGAUUUUCUGGAGAAAAAAAUUCUCAUUUUGUCUGUCUUGAAGUGUACCUUUGAUCAAAAUUACAGGCCUCUCUCAUCUUUUUAAGUUGGAGAACUUGCACAAUUGGUGGCUGACUAAAUACUUUUUUGCCCCACUGUAUAUACAUUUUUAUUUGUAACAAGAUACUUCAGAGAAUGGUAUUUUGUAUUUUCAAAAUAAUAAAAAUACUUUUUUCCCCCAAGAAAAUGUAUAGCGGUUCAGUUUUGUGGCCCAAUAUCACCCCAAAUUUGCUGCAUUGGUAUCAGAAGUCUUAUGGUGUGAGACCAUGGGAGCUGUUGUUGGAUGAGUGGAAGAACUUGAAAGAAAGUUGAAGCACAAGGAUUCACUUUAAGUAUGAGGAUAAUGCAGUGAAUUUGGUCCAAAAGGGGAUAGUAAAACUUGACUUUGAAAGAGAACAAACACACUAUGUUAUUGCCACACUGUCACUGCACUCACUCUCAUUCAGGUAGUGGAUCCUGUGCCUCGACUUUCUUUCACACACCUUUUCACCUCCUCCAGCACAUCUGAUUACGUCACGCUCACAGUAUUUGAGGUAACGGGGCCACAAAGUCCCGAAGACAAACAUAAACUAUAAAGAUAAUUCUGAAAAAUCCAAAUAACUUCACAGAUCUUCAUUGUAAAGGGUUUAAACACUGUUUCCCAUGCUUGUUCAAUGACCCAUAAACAAUUAAUGAACAUGCACCUGUGGAACGGCCUUUAAGACACUAACAGAGUAUGCAAUUAAGGUCACAGUUAUGAAACUUAGGACACUAAAGAGGCCUUUCUACUGACUCUGAAAAACACCAGAAGAAAGAUGCCCAGGGUCCCUGCUCAUCUGCGUGAACGUGCCUUAGGCAUGCUGCAAGGAGGCAUGAGGACUGCAGAUGUGGCCAGGGCAAUAAAUUACAAUGUCCGUACUGUGAGACGCUUAAGACAGCGCUACAGAGAGACAGGACGGACAGUUGAUCGUCCUCGCAGUGGCAGAUCAUGUGUAACAAUACCUGCACAGGAUCGGUACAUCCGAACAUCACACCUGCGGGACAGGUACAGGAUGGCAACAACGACUGCCGAGUUACACCAGGAACGCACAAUCUCUCCGUCGUUGCUCAGACUGUCCGCAAUGGGCUGAGAGAGGCAGGACUGAGGGAUUGUAGGCCUGUUGUAAGGCAGGUCCUCACCAAACAUCACCGGCAACAACAUCACCUAUGGGCACAAACCCACUGUCACUGGACCAGACAGGACUGGCAAAAAGUGCUCUUCACUGACGAGUCGCGGUUUUGUCUCACCAGGGGUGAUGGUCGGAUUAGAGUUUAUCGUCGAAGGAAUGAGGGUUACGCCGAGGCCUGUACUCUGGAGCGGGAUCGAUUUGGAGGUGCGCUGCCGUUUGCCUCCUGUGUCUGCAUUUGGGUUUCGCCUUGUGCCCUUAUAGCACUCAGAGGCCGUUUAGGGUGAGGAGACUAUAGCUUCAUCCUGUGUGAAUUGUAGAGCACAGAAACUCAUCACAGGCUUCUAUAGGAAGUGGGAGAGGAAACCCUUCUCUUUACCAACCACUAACUCAGAACACAUGUUUGAUCUGCCCUUUUCUCCUUUUUCUGAAACACUAGUAGGUCUUAUGCAAGUCUAAUGUAAUGUCUAGCUAGCUAUAUGAUUGCCUAUAAAACUGUCGUGCUCCGUGUUAUAUUUUUGGGUAUUGCACGACACGCAUCUACGUGAGCUUGCAUAGCUCAGUAUGAACAUUUUUGCAACUGCUUAUGAAUGCACUGCAGCUUUUGUGCCGAAAUACCACGUUGUGUGGUGUUUUGUGCAUGAAAGGGAAAAAGAGGGCGAGAGAGAGCAAAGAGUGAUUUCAUAUACUGUAUAAUGUUGUAUCUGGGUCAAGCUGUAUGUGCAUUUAAUACAGACAAUAAAUCAUGGUGCUGAAAUCACUGUGCUGAACUGCUCAAAUAACUAUCCAAGUGAAUCUGGUUAAAGUUACGUUUUUGUUUUUUUGACAGACUGCAUGACCCUGUGGCUGCUUGUCAUAUGACAUCACUCUGAGAGGACAAAGGCAGCUGCAUGGCCUGAAGUAAAAAACCAGAUCUGCAGGAUCUCAGCCAGUUUAGUCACUUUUGUUUUAUUACCUACGCCUAGGAAAGGAGGGGGGAGUGGGAGAGAAGGACAUUUAGAAGGAAGAAUCAAGGUGGGGUUUGAGAGUUGGAGAAUACAAUCUCAUUGGAUUAAGAGUUAAAGUGAGGAAAAGAGGGAGGAGUUGGUGAGAGAGGAAGAUUGAAAGAGAAAGAACAGGAGGGAGGGAAAGGGAGGGGCAGAAAUAGGCUCCGAAGAGCUUCAGUGUGUUUGUGCUCAGACAGCACAGGAAGUGGAGUGCGUGUUGGAGACGCAACCCUUUCACUGCCUUAUUUUUCCUCUUCUAAAUCUUCAUUCUCUGUGCGUUAUUUUGUUUUUUGCUGAGCGUGCGUGCGUGAAAACUCCUUGUCGACACCAUGGAUAACUUCCAGACCGUCCUGCGCUUUUUCAUGAACCAGAAGGCCACCAUUGGCUACAGCUUCAUGGCCCUCCUGACCAUCGGGGGAGAGCGGAUCUUCUCCAUGGUCUCCUUCCAGUGCCCCUGCAACCACGACCAGAACUUUGCAUACGGCCUGACCUUCCUGUUGGGCCCAGGCCUGGUGCUUCUGGUGCUGGGUCUUUUCUUCAGCAGCAGGCUGUGGCGCCUCUACACUGGCUGUUGCCUCAACCCCGUUAAGCUCUGCCCCGGUGGCAACUGUUUCACCUGCCUCAAGGUGUUUGUCAAAAUCUUCUUCGGUGCCUGUGUGGCCCCUAUCAUGUGGCUGUGUGUGGCACUGUUGAACGGGACCUUCUACGAGUGUGCCGUCAGCGGGCUGGAUAAUAACCUGGUGCUGGAUAUGUUCUGUAAGAACAGGACUUUGAUUUGCCGGGAGGAGCUGGCCCGUGUGCCCUGCAGCAAGUCCAAGCUGCCCAGUGACUUGAACAUGGAACUGUUGCUUAUGUUCCGGGCUCAGUCACAGAUACUGGGCUGGUGUAUCAUCAUCAUUUCAGCCGUUCUAGGGCUCCUCGGGACCUGCUACACCAACUGCCGCUCGAAGGUGAGCUACCUGCAGCUCACCUUCUGGAAGCACUACGUAGAAAAGGAGAAGGAGCAGUUCGACACAUUCUCUAUGGAGUACGCAUCCAAGCUGGCCGAGAGGAACCUGAAAAGCUUUUUUGAGAACCGUGAACCGGAAAUAUUCCCUUUCCCCAACCACAAGGCCUGGGAGGAGAUCUCAGGCCUCUACACCUUCUCCAAGAGUGAGCAGUACUACAGCACCCUGCAGAGGUAUGUGGAGCGUGAUGACCAGAGACUACUGCCCUGACAAAAGACCAGUCAUGGAGCUGGACCACGGCACAGAGAUGAGCUGAGAGAGCGGUGGAUAAUGGCAUAUAAAUGCAUAUCCAUAUUUCACGAACACUAGAUUGGGACAUUGUUUGACACUUUUUCUAUUGACAGUGUAUGAAUGAUAGUAUAUCCUAUUUGUUUUACCUUUAUAAACGACAUGCAGUAUAUACUAUAGGUUUAACUCACAGACUGAGGAGAGGUGUUGUUUCCUGCAUUUCCCCCAAAGCACUGACAUCUACACAGAACACCAUUCAGAAGGUUACUACCAGUGGCACAGCAGUUAUUACCAAAGAAUGCAGCCAUUGCAGAUGUGGUGAAACAGCAGGGCUUCUUGUCUGAUAAUUUGAAAAAAGUCUCCUCUGCCUCUCUUUGACAAGCCUUUGAGGCAUUUCAUUCACUUUACUGGUCGAUAAUGGUAGGAGAGAUAUUGUAGUUGUAUAGUUUUAAUAUGGAAUUUUGUAUGUAAUAUUGCACCACGAUAGAGUUGUAACAUGCAAUUUGCUUGAAAUGUUUACACAACUCAAUGCUUAUAGAAUUUUGUCAACUUGAGCACAACCUUAAAGUGUCUUUCUAUGACGGUACAAGUGAAGCAGCUCACUUUAUGUUGCAUGGUAAUUUGAUGAUAACUAGUCUUGUCCAAGCAAUACAUUUAGGUCUGCCAUUACUGCCUUUCUGUUCAGUUAUUAAUGUCCAUAGUAGUCAGUAACUCACAAAUGAAGAGGUAAUAAAUCAUGUAUGACAUAUGGGAUAUUCUCACUGGAUUCUACAAAAGAUUUAGUGGCCCCUGUUUUUUUUCUUCCUCUCCUGUCUAACAUCUGUAAAACCAUGUAAUGUGUAAAAGCGCUAAAUUAACCUGUACAUAGAACCUUAUUUGUACAUGUUGCAUUAUGCCCGAUUAAAACCAUUUCAGGGUGGUGAGUUUGUGUGUAAAACCUGUCCACGUUCCACCGUGUUUGACUAAGGGGAGAAUGCAGCCAUAUCGGUGUAGUUGAAGUGCCUUCAGAAAGUAUUCAUACCCCUUGACUUGUUCCACGUGUUGUGUUAAAACCUGAAUAAAACAUUUGUUUAACAUA